AUGAGAAAAGCUCUGGAUGAUGAGAAACUUCUGCUUGAAGCUAGUAAAGAAAACCUAAAUAUGCAGAGAAUUGCGUUCGAACAGAAAAAGACUGAAACCGAACAGGAGAUAAGAGACACCAUUCAAAUGCUGCAUGAUGAGAAAAUGGAUCUAGAAAUUAGAACUGAAAAUCUACACAAUGAGCAAUCUGAGUUUGAACAGAAAAAGACUGAAUCACAGCAGGAGAUAAGAGACACCAUUCAAAUCCUGAAUUAUGAGAAAACAUAUAUAGAAAUUACAACUGGACGUCUGAACGAAGAGAAACGCGAGCUGGAAGCCAGAUCCCAGCUCGUGGACAAGCAGGAGGCUACAGUUGAGGAAGAAAGGCGGUUACUGCUGGAACAAAUCAUUAAACAAAACGAUGAGAAAAUGGAUCUAGAAAUUAGAAUUGAAAAUUUACACCAUGAGCAAUCUGAGUUUGAACAGAAAAAGACUGAAACCGAACAGAAGCUAAGAGAUGUUGUUGAAAUGCUGAAUGAUGAGACAACAUAUCUAGAAACUAGAAUUGAAAAUCUACACAAAGAAAAAUCUGAGUUUGAACAGAAAAAGACUGAAACCGAACAGGAAAUAAGAGAUGUCCUUCAAAUGCUGAAUGAUGAGACAACAUAUCUGGAAAUUAGAAUUGAAAAUCUACACAAAGAAAAAUCUGAGUUUGAACAGAAAAAGACUGAAACCGAACAGAAGAUAAGAGAUGCUGUUCAAAUCCUUAAUUAUGAGAAAACAUAUAUAGAAAUUACAACUGGACGUCUAAACGAAGAGAAACGCGAGCUGGAAGCCAGAUCCCAGCUCGUGGACAAGCAGGAGGCUACAGUUGAGGAAGAAAGGCGGUUACUGCAGGAACAAAUCAUUAAACAAAACGAUGAGAAAAAGAAACUGGAGGAAACAAAAAUCAAAUUGGAUCAGGUCUACGACAAACUGCUGAAAGGUAAAGCUAAACUGAAGAAAAACAUCCAAAAGUUUAAGACUAACGAAGCAGAAAUGCAGGAGAUGAUGGGAAGUCUAGAAGAACAGAAAAAGGUGUUCGACGAGACAAAGAAAAGCUCUGAGCAGGAUUUAAUAAAUAUGAGAAAAGCUCUGGAUGAUGAGAAACUUCUGCUUGAAGCUAGUAAAGAAAACCUAAAUAUGCAGAGAAUUGCGUUCGAACAGAAAAAGACUGAAACCGAACAGGAGAUAAGAGACACCAUUCAAAUGCUGCAUGAUGAGAAAACAUUUCUAGAAAUUAGAAUUGAAAAUCUACACAAUGAGCAAUCUGAGUUUGAACAGAAAAAGACUGAAUCACAGCAGGAGAUAAGAGACACCAUUCAAAUGCUGAAUGAUGAGAAAAUGUGUCUAGAAUUUAGAAUUGGACGUCUUAACGACGAGAAAUGCGAGCUGGAAGCCAGAUCCCAGCUCGUGGACAAGCAGGAGGCUACAGUUGAGGAAGAAAGGCGGUUACUGCAGGAACAAAUCAUUAAACAAAACGAUGAGAAAAAGAAACUGGAGGAAACAAAAAUCAAAUUGGAUCAGGUCUACGACAAACUGCUGAAAGGUAAAGCUAAACUGAAGAAAAACAUCCAAAAGUUUAAGACUAACGAAGCAGAAAUGCAAGAGAUGAUGGGAAGUCUAGAAGAACAGAAAAAGGUGUUCGACGAGACAGAAAAGCUCUGAGCAGUAGAUCAGAAACGAGUUAUUCAUGGAGACAGAGCAGCUGGUGAGUGAAUUGAAAUGAAAAGCUAAUUACUGAAUAACUUUUGCUGCACACAGGCUGCUUUACACAGCAGCUCUUGGUUCAGCAGGUUACGUCUAAGUUACCCUAACCCUUACUCAACACAUCAGCUGGGUUUCCUUAGAUAGAAAAUAUUUGCAUUUGAUUAAUAAAU